GGGAGGUAAAAAAUACUCCGUGGGACAUAAAACUAAAGAGAUUAGCCUACAGCAUCAGUUAACACAUUUGUACAAAAAAAAAUCUGUUUUGGGCUCGUAUAGGUCGUACUUUGAUAAACAAGUGGGUCGUUACUUACAGCCCAAAAAAGGCAGAGGCGUUUUCACUAAAGAACUUUAGUUGGUAUUUCGUGAGUACGUAAAACGGGAAAAUGUCUGUACUAACCAAUGUUAAUAUAUUUUCAUAUUAACAUUGAUACUAACAUGGGUAGCCUAAAUUAUCCCGUAUUCUAAAGGUUGUCGUUGCUCUGCCACGUUUAUGAUGAGUUACAAAUGUCAAACGAGUAAAUUGACUUGCCUUUGGGAGUAGAUAAAAAUGGGUCAACUCCUGCCUAAAUUAGCCUACACGUGUGUGCCUCGUCGUAGACCCUUACCCAUACAGAUUCUAUUAGGGGACCAGCAUAAAAUAUUUCGUUUCAAUGUAUACUUAUAACAUAUUUUAAAAACAUUUUUUUUAUCCCGAAUAACCAUAGGAAUACGUUAUGCGGUCUGAACUAUAUAGUCAUUAUAACACAUAGGGUGUGUGAUUCCUCCAAGGGCCGUGGGGAAUAAACGAGCAAAUAAAGUUAGUUAACAAAGAUCCAAUACCAUCGUAUAUAUCGACACCACCGACAUGACACUCACAUCCACUUUGAACACAAGUAUGGUAAGAGCUCUUAUAUCUCGGCUUGUAUAAAGUGCAUGGUGGUAAAGUGGCAACAUUGAUACAUACAUGGGUUGGGCAUCAUGGACUCCAGCGAAAUGUCACCAACUUUGGACGAUAUUAAAGCAGCCAGGGAACGAAUUGUUCAUCACAUUGAAAAGACUCCGUUAAUAUCUUGCCGAAGUAUAAAUGAUGCGUGUGGAAGAAAAAUAUUUAUGAAAGCAGAGAAUUUUCAAAAAUCCGGAUCUUUUAAAGUGAGAGGGGCGUUUAAUGCUGUUUUAUCCGCCUUAGAGAAAGAUGGGGUGAAGUCGCUUGUCACACACAGUAGUGGCAACCAUGGCGUAGCUUUAGCAAAGGUCGGGAGAGUUCUUAAUAUACCAGUGACCGUUGUCAUGCCGAAAACUGCGCCACCUUUUAAACGAAAGUCGGCGACAUCGUUUGGUGCUGAAGUUAUUGAAUGCGAACCAACGCAUGCGGAGAGGGAACGAAAAUGUGAAGAAGUUCAACGCAACACUGAAGCUAUGUUUGUAUCCAGCAGCCAGGAUCUGAGAGUCAUCGCAGGUCAAGGGACUGUAGCGCUUGAGAUGCUGGAAAAACAACCGGACUUGGACGCCAUAGUUGUCCCUGUGGGUGGUGGGGGUUUGUUAAGUGGGGUGGCUACAGCUGCAAAGGCAAUUAAACCGUCCAUUCAAAUCUAUGGAGCUGAACCCGAGAUUGCGAACUCCUGUUACAAGUCCUUACGAAGCGGGCAACGAACCACGCUACAGGAAUACCCGAACACUAUAGCUGACGGUCUACGUACCAACAUCGGUAGCAUUACGUGGCCAAUUAUAAAACAAAAGGUUGAUGACUUAAUUUUGGUGACUGAAGACGAAAUUGCUUCAGCUAUGGCGCUGAUUUGGGAAAGAGCUAAAAUAGUCGUGGAGCCUUCAUCUGCGGUCGCGUUAGCUGCUGUGAAAAGCCAUUCAAAGGCGAAGGGAUUGGCGGGGAUAAGCAAAGUCGGCGUCGUACUAACAGGCGGCAAUGUAGGCUUUAGUAAUAUUUUUUAAUAUAUGGGCGUGAUAUUACAGCAGGGAUGGUGACGUAGCAUGGCUGUGCAAUAAACGGUCAGUGACGUAG